AUGAAUCCGGACGUUCUGGUCUUCGGAGAGACGUCGGUGUCACCGUCCAUGGAUUUGCGAAAUGCAUGGGGUGAUCACGCGCUGGCGUUAGGCGCGCUAGCCCUGACUAAGUCGUUCUGCUCGCAGCUUUGGAAGGAAUUUGAGAUCUUUGUGCCGGAGGAAUUGGUGGCGCUCUUCAGGUGGGCGGCCUCUGUGUCUCUUGGAAAUGGAAAAACUUCGUCGUCUACAACAUGGCGCAUUUUUUCUGUGCCUUCGGCUUUGUGCGGCUUCAUCAUCCACGGCGACUACACCAUCGACCAGGACAACCUCCACCACGGCUACAGCACCAUGAUCGGCUACCUCGACAUCAACAUUAAUGGCUUGGUCUACAACAACUCAUCGGCAACAAUUCCAGUCAACAGCGUUCGCGUCGUCACUAGCGUCCACGCCACUCCUGCUCUCUGUCAUGUGGUCAUUUUCCAUCCACCCCCCGCCUCCUUUCUUUCCCUCGCUCUCUGCUCCUCCUCUCCCCUUCCUCUCGAUCCCCUCCCCUUCCUCCUCGGCAGCCGCCGCCCCCAUUCUCUCCAGAUCCAAUCCAAGACUCCCCUCGUCCACCGUCCCCUUCCUCCGCCGUCGACGUUCGCGCUCAAGGCCUCCGCCUCCCCCGCCCUCGCCAUUGCCUCCUCGGCGGGGUUGCCCUUCUUGGCGUCGGCCUCCGCGGCGCCGAGGGCCGCGCCGCCGCGGCCAGGAGGGCCUCGCUCCACGGGGACGCACCCGCGACCUGCUACCUCACGCCCGCACCAACUCCGGCACUGCGGCCAGGAGGGUCUUGCUCCGCGGGGCCACACCCGCGACCUGCUACCCCACGCCCGCACCAACUCCGGCGCUGCUCCACCUGCCGCUCCCGCCCCAGCGCCGGUGACAUGGCCGUCCCCGCCCACCAGGUCUGGGAUCCCGCCGCGGGGUUCAUCAUCAAGGUCCCCGCCGUCUCUGAGUUCUUCGUCAAGGUCCCUGCACAUCCUCUCCUCACCUGCAAGAUCGGAAUCGGCGCCUCCCUCCGCCGCCGGCCGCCAUGUCGCCGUCUCUGCUCGAGGGGCUCACCAAGUCGCUGGCCAUGACCGUGCUCUCCGAGGUCGGCGACAAGACCUUCUUCACCGCCGCGGAUUUCGAGCUGGCUGCAGCAAGUUGAUGGAUAUCAGUGCCAGUGCCGGGAGUGCUUCUGCUUUGUAGCUAUCGCGGAUGCUGCUGGGUGGACUAUUUCCAGGAAGUUCGCGCUCGGCGGGGCCCUGGCUGUUUGGUGGCUGCUUGAAUCGGAUAGCCAUUUCUGUGCUCCAAGUUCAGUUAUCUGUGUGCUCGGUCUAGCUCAGGUUGCUUCGAUUUGAUGCUUUUGUUUGUUGCGUAGGCGUUAGGCUACGAGUUGGAUCUGAUUAUUCGGUGCUUGCAUACAUGUCAUGGUGUCACAGAGUAUAAAUGAUGAGGAAUUGAGUAGAAGCUAGAGUUCAGUUUCUUGUGCUGGGCUGGUCUGGUUCAAUCGGCUUCUAUUUCAUGCUUGAGCUAAUCCAAGCUGGAUUUACUGUAAAUGUUCCUAUCCAGUCUGUGCUGCUGGGUGGAGGAGGAACAUGGUACGUACGGUGGUACGUGGUGAUGAAGCAUAUAGCGCGUUCCUACUGUUGUUCGACGUUUGUUGAGCAAGCAAGUAGAUUUCUUAGGGUUGCUGUACAUUGUUUUCCAUGACUUGGACUAUUGGGGCAGACUUAUCAAGUUGUUGCUCUUUAUGUUAUGUUGUUUUCCACGUCUUGGACUAUUGGGGCAGACUUAUCAAGUUGUUGCUCUUUAUGUUAUGUUAUACCACCUGCAUAUGCUUGCUCUAGCUUCUAGGUAGUAGAAGAAUUGACAUGUGGGAUGCAAGUCCAAGCUUGAUACUGUAAAUGUUACUCCCACCUAUCAAGUUGGACUACUCGGGUGUCAAGUUGGUGCUGUACUGUAGUCUGUAGGAUGCACCUGCAUAUGCAUGAAAGAAUAGUUAAUAUCUUGAUCCAAGUCCAAGCUUUCAUACUUGAUAUGUUACUCCUGCCAACAGGAAAACUGGACAGUUUUGACCGCAUGCCCUGGCGGCGCUUAAAACUACCCAACUAGGCACGCGUCUACACCAUGUGGUGGACUUAAGUAUCUUAGUGACUUCAUUUGAUGUGUGUAUUUCUGUUAAUUCUAAGCUUCUCUUGCUGUGAAAAUGUACCUCACUGACCAUCUGUCUAUUUAUUGUGUACUUCUUGCAUGAGGAGGUGACUAGUGAUGCGGCGCGCCAAGCAGCAGUAGGGGAAGGGGGUCUCCUGCUCGAGGAGGCGGAGGAGUAGGGGUGUGCCCAGCCGACAUCCCUGUCCUGCAUGUGGGGGAUGGGCAGGAGGGGUCUGCUCCUCUGCUUCGAUUGCGAUCGCGGCAGGAGUAACAUUGCUGAAGGCGAUGGGUACGUGAUGGUUGCUAGUGUGGUGGACGACCCAGAAUAUGUGGCCUCGCAAGUGCACAUGAGCUCUAGGCCUAAGUUUUUUCAAGUGCGAGGCCGUGAAGCCAAGUGCGAAGGAGUUUUUUGGUUCUGUAGUAGACUGUAAAUUGUAAUAUUGUAACAAAUUGUAAAAGACUAGUGUAUGUUUGAAAUUGUGAUUAUGUAUGUUGAAAAGAUGUGAAAUGGAAACUUGACCAGUGGAAACCACUUAUGACUAAAA